CACAACGUGGCGACGGUUUUAUAACUAGUUUUAUAAACUUAUAAAACGAAACGAGGCUAGCAAGAAGCUAGGAAUCCCAACACUGCAGCAUUGAUAAUCUUUAUUUAUCAAUCUAUUAAAAGGAAAAUAAGGCCAAGUCAAAUAAAAAUCACAUAAAUACCCCUCAUAUUUGAAUUCACGUGUCCCGUUUCAACAUUGAUAUGCCAAUGUUUAAUGAGAAUUUGCCUACCUAAUAGUUCAAGUGUUGGAUGUAAACCUAAUCUCUCGUGAGAAAACCGCGGUUUAAAAGUGGAACCAAACCACACGAGGAGGCGAGCGGGCUGAGUGAUCGAUCAGUCUUACUCAAAAUACAUAAUAAGUAUAUAUAUAUAUUGAAAUUGUAUAUAUGCGUGCAUGUUGGCAAUUAAGGAAGUAAUGUCAAGAACUAUUUCAUCUUUCCAUUUUGUUUUUUAAACCACAUACAUGGCUCAGAAAGUGGUGCUAAGAAUUAUUAGCAUGACUAAUGACAAAAUGAAGCAAAAAGCCAUUGCAGCUGCUGCUGAUAUCCACGGAGUAGAUUCAAUAGAAGCUGAACUGAAAAAUAAGGAGCUCUUGGUGGUGGGAGAGAUGGACGCAGUGGCGGUGGUAAAGAAGCUAAAAAAAGUUACAGGGACGGUGGACAUAGUGUCGGUUGGCCCAGCGGCCGAUGAAGAAGCUCCACCUUCACCGUCACAUGAUCGGAAAAAGAAAAAGAAGAAGAAGAAAAAGAAGAAACAAAAUAAGAAAGAUGAAGUGGAAGAAAAAGAAGAGUAUGAUGAUGAAGAAUUUGUGGAAUUUUGAAAAUGAUUGAUUUCUAAACUAUGUAUUUGACUUCUUUUUCUUUUUGUGAACAUGUGAAAUGAAACACCAUGAUUUGCAAUAAUAUGUAAUUAUGUUGAGAAUAA